AUGCCAUUUUCAACUAAGAAAGCAAGAGGAACAGGGGGAAAACAGGACAAACCCGUCACACCACCCACCCUCACGACGUUUUGGGCAUUCUUCGUCUGCCUUGAAAUCAAAUGGAUUACCAGCUUUCUGACGGACAGGCAGCAGCUUGUGAGACAGGGGAAACUCACUUCCAGCACCUGUACAAUCAGCACUGGUGCCCUCCAGGGAUGUGUGCUCUCCCCACUACUCUUCUCCCUCUACACCAAUGACUACAUCACCAAGGACCCCUCUGUCAAGCUCCUGAAGUUUGCAGACGACACCACUGUCAAGAUGAUGAUGAGAAGGGAGGUUGAAAGGCUGGCUCACUGGUGUAGUCAAAACAACCUGGAGCUCAACACACUCAAAAUGGUGGAGAUCAUUGUGGACAUUAGGAGGAACACCCCAACACUGACCCCCCUCACCAUUCUAAACAGCACUGUGGCAACAGUGGAGUCAUUCGGGUUCCUGGGCACUACCAUCUCACAGGACCUGAAGUGGGAGACCCACAUUGACUCCAUUGUGAAAAAGGCCCAGCAGAGGUUGUACUUCCUUCACCAGCUGAGGAAAUUCAACCUGCUCUAUAGUGUUGUAAUGGUCACACUAUCUGUCAUAAUCACACAACCUCAGAUGCUGGAAAAGAGUGUCUGCUAAAUGCCUUAAAGGUGCACUCAGUUUUUUCUACAAAAAAAAAAAAAGUUAAAAAGUUUUACUUUUAAAACUACUUUAAAAGGUUUACCAUCCUGUUAUUGACACUUUCACUCAUGGAUUAAAUUAAUCAUGGCCUUCUGUGAAUGUCGGUUACUAAAAACUAUUGUGUUUAAUUAAUGCUGCAUCCACGCCCCUAGGUGUCAUUGUAAGUCCAAGGUGACAUUAAAAAAACCUUUCAAAUGCGCCUUUAAAUGAUAUUGUAUACAUUAUUAGCUUACAUGUCUGAUAUAUGAGUGGGGCUGAGUUCGAAAUUGCAAUAUACCAUACUACUCUUACUAUUUCUGCCAUAGACAAAUAUGUAGUAUAGGUAUGCAAUUCUGACCUCAGCCUGUGUCUGCAUUAGGCUACUUACUUACUUACUUACUUACUUACUUACUUACUUACUUACUUACUUACUUACUUACUUACUAACUAACUAACUAACUAACUAACUAACUAACUAACUAACUAACUAACUAAAUAAAUAAAUAACUUGGCUUAAUACAUCUGUGUAACAUAGGGCAGUGGUAGCUCAGCGGUUAAGGCUCUGGGUUACUGAUCAGAAGGUCGGGUGUUCAAGCCCUUGACCCUAUCUGCUCCAGGGGUGCUGUAUCAUGGCUGACCCUGCACUCUGACCCCAGCCUAGCUGGGAUAUGUGAAAAAGAAGAAUUUCACCGUAUAUGUGCAAAAUGUAUAAUGUGUGAUAAAUAAAGAAAAUUAUUAAUUAUAAUUACUGUUUUGUGCAUUAGAGAUUAUUAAUUGUUUAAAUGUGUAAAAAAUAAAAUUUGUUUCUUGUGCCUCAAAACUCAACAGAGAAAAUUAAAGACAUGUGAAGAAAAUAUAAACCUUGAAGUGGUAA